UGCGGUCGGGCGCCCAGGCGACCCUCCUUCGGUUGCAGCCAGCCUUUUAAAGCGGUCCUUCCGGCCUUCCCCGCCUCCCAGUCCUCGCGCCCCGCUCGCUUCCAUUCCCCGGCCAGAGCGAGGCGAGCAGCAGCCGCCCAUGUGCCCUUCGGCCACCCUUUACUCUGGAUGGAAUCCGAGGCAGCCUUCGGAGGAGCCCGGAGGAGCCUGGACGAGGCUCCCGGUAAAAACCUGGAUGGGUUGCUGAGCUUGCCUCCCUUCCCGGCCGGCGGCCCUUGCAGGAAUGCAGCUCUCGCCGGGGCAGGCGGCGCAUCCAGUCCCCCAGCGCACGGCCCCUCCGGUUACGCGCCCCUGGAUGGGCCCCUGCCUCCCUUCGGCUCCGGGGAGCCUUCUUUGGCCAAACAGUACAUCCCAUGUCCGGCCGUCUCACAGACGCCUUCAGCCAGCAGCACUUCGCCCUUCCCUUACGGCUGUUUAGGCGGCGGCUGCUAUUCGUACCGAGUGGCCCGCAGCGCCCUUAAGCCGUGUCCGGCCCCGCCCCAGGCCGCCUACACAGCCGAGAAGUACUUGGAGGUUUGCGGGGCUGCAGCCAACGCGCCCCCCGCCCCAGAGGAUUAUACGACCCGCCCCGCUGAGUUCGCUUUCUACCCGGGCUACGCUGGACCUUACCAGCCCAUGACCAGCUACCUGGACGUUUCUGUGGUUCAGACCCUCGGAGGACCACCGGGAGACCCCAGGCACGAAACUCUCCUGCCCGUCGAUCCUUACCACGACUCCUGGGCCUUGGCUGGGGGCUGGAACAACCAAGUGUGUUGCCCCAAGGAGCCCAACCCUCCAGGGCCCUUUUGGAAAACUGCCUUUACAGACACUGUAAGUCAAUCGCCACCCGAAGGCUGUACCUUCCGACGCGGCCGCAAGAAGCGAAUCCCGUACAGCAAAGGGCAGCUGAAAGAGCUGGAGAAGGAAUAUUCCAACAGCAAGUUCAUCACCAAGGACAAGAGGAGGAAGAUUUCCGCCGCCACUAACCUUACCGAGAGACAGAUCACCAUCUGGUUUCAGAACCGGAGGGUGAAGGAGAAGAAAGUGGUGGCCAAAGUCAAAAGCGCCACCGCCAGCGGCAGUAGUGGAGGCGGUGACGACGCCUCUUGAGACACGCGCGGAGGAAGGAAGGUGGCCUGGAGGGAAGAGGCAAAGAAAAAACAAGGGGGGAGUAAGAACUCCCGCGGGGUCGCCCACGUGAGGCCUCCAAAGGCCCCCACCCUCCGAGGCCUUCUGCUAAGAGCCGGCGGCCCUAUCUAGGGCCUCCGCUGAUCUCUCGUCACCUUUUAAAUUUGUUCUUAAUAAUAUAUUUUUAAUUAUUAUGGUUGCUAUUGCUGCUUUGUUUCCCCACGAAAAAUUAAUUAAAUUAAAUCACUGCGGGAACAGCCGAUAAUUUAAAAAACAAAACAAAA